GCCGUCAACUUCAGUUGUCAUUUUUGAUAACGUCAAUAACACGUGUUUUGCUAUUUUAUUUAUUUUAAAAAUAAAUCUUAAAUAUUCAAAAGCAAAUAUAUUCAACAAAAAUGCCGAAAGUUAAGAAUUUGGAGAAACUCAAGCAUCCUAACAGCAGAAAAAUGAUGUCUCUAGCAAAGAAAAUGAGUAAAGAAGAGAAGAAAAAUAACAACAAACUUGGAACUCAUAUAAAACAGAAUUUGAUCGGAGAAAAGAUCCUUUGGUUUAAAGAGAGGAUUCCAGAAGGCUGUGUAAUAUUGAGCAAGGAGCAAACACUAGAACUGAUCGAAACUUAUUUAGCGCGGUUCGACGAAGAAUUGGAGCAAAUAGCUUUAAAAAAUUCGGUUGGUCAACGAAAAAACCGUCAACAUGCGAGCAGAGAAGACGUUAUUAACAUAACGAAGAAACGGGAAAACGAUGAAUUCGAGACCUGUGGUCUGGAAAUGCCGGAUCUAAUGGAUGCGAAUCAGAUGGAAGUUUUACGUAAUUGGAAUGGGGAGCUGAGGUUUUUGCAGCAUUUCAAGUUAAAAAGAAUAGCAAGGAAGCACUUGACAUAGAUUUUAACAUGUAAUAUAAAUAUUGUAAAUAAUCAA